CCCGCAUGUUCCCUCGCAUCCACGCCGUGAACCCCGCUUGGGUGUGCGCCUGCUUCUUCGCAAACACCCUCCGAGCCCAGUGCUGGGCAGUCGCUACCGUCGCUGCCGAGACGCGGGCGUUGCUUUCUUCUCGCCAUGCUGCUGUAGACAGCAGAGCGGCGAUUAGUGCUUCAAUGACACCGAUGAAGCCGGGCGCCAGCCAGUCUUGUGCAGUGAAGAAGGCCCUCGUCAUUCGUGGUGCAGGUGUACACUUGCGUAUAACAGCAAGAAGUUGCGCUGGAGCGCCUUCUUCGGGAAUACUUCGAGCCAGAAUACGGUCCCCCUGCCCAGUUCUUGUCUGUUCUUCAGGGGCGACAUCAGGCUAGGUUGGCGGUGUGAUGGUGGUGGCGGGGGGUCCGACGUCAUGUCGUGGCUUUGCGACGCUGGCGGUGGUGUCUUGUUGCUUCGUGGAGGCAGCGGGUCCAAUCUUCUCCGCAGCAUUGCUGAUUACCUGGGCAGCAUUUGUCUCCAGCACCUCGUUUUCUUCUGCUGAUGUGGCCUGUAUGGUAGGUUCUUCGUCGACUGCGGUCUGGGGCUUUGACUUGCUAUUGCACGUAUUGCGGCUCAUGCGGGUAUCAGAAGAACAACGACUACUGGCACUGGAAGAAUGUCCGAGAUUGGGAUAUUGUCCAGUCAGGUGAGGAUGAUGAGCGGGGGCAACAGUUUCCAGUAUUCUACGAUCAGGGCUCCC